AUCAAGUAACAAACGAGCCUGAGUACUUUGACAAAACUUCCAAGAAAGCCGAUUUCUUGACGAAGUUUUUGUAGUCAGAACGUACCACGCAGACCUUUUCUCCUCCAUAUAACUCCAAUCAGUAUCCAUUACCCAUCUUUAAAACCUUCAGAUCCAUAUCCUAUAAAUCUCAAAUACCAUUAACAUUUGUUCCAUCUUCCAUAUUUCAACAAAAAAACAGUAACCAGAAAGAACACAAACUUGAAAAAAAUGAGAAUUCAUUUAUUCAUUGCCAUUCUUUUUGUUGUAAUAUUAUCAAGUGUUCCAUCUCAAACUUCAGCUCAUUUCUUCCCAAAUAUAUCUUCAAUCCCUCCUUCUUUACUCAAACCUAAUUCCACUGCUUGGGAUGCUUUUCAGAAGUUAUUAGGAUGUCACUCUGGUCAGAAAAAUAUUGAUGGCUUAGCUAAAAUCAAGAAAUAUUUUCACAACUUUGGAUACAUUAAUUCUAUGAGUAAUAACUUCACUGAUGACUUUGAUGAUAUUCUUGAAUCUGCUCUCAAGACUUACCAACAAAACUUCAACCUCAACACAACCGGUAUACUCGACGCCCCAACAAUUCAGCAUUUAAUAAAACCAAGAUGUGGAAAUGCUGAUGUAGUCAACGGUACUAGUACUAUGAACUCCGGUAAAGCUCCGGCCGGUUCUCCGAUGAUGCACACCGUGGCACACUACUCGUUCUUUCCUGGUAGGCCACGGUGGCCCGCGAGUAAGGCAGAUCUAACAUACGCGUUCUUACCGCAGAACGGUCUGACAGAUAACAUUAAGAGCGUGUUCUCACGCGCGUUUGACCGUUGGUCAGAGGUGACCCCGUUGACUUAUCGAAAGGCAUCAUUUCGGUCGGCAGAUAUUAAAAUCGGGUUUUUCGCGGGUGAUCAUAAUGAUGGCGAGCCGUUUGAUGGUCCAAUGGGGACAUUAGCACACGCGUUUUCGCCCCCCGCGGGGCAUUUUCACUUGGAUGGCGAUGAGAAUUGGGUCAUAGAUGGGGUCCCCAUUAAUGAUGGGAAUUUUUUUUCUAUAGUAUCCGCGGUGGAUCUUGAAUCGGUCGCGGUUCAUGAAAUUGGGCAUUUAUUGGGUUUGGGUCAUUCUUCUGUAGAAGAUUCUAUUAUGUACCCGAGUUUGGAAGCAGGUACCCGAAGAGUAGAGCUUGCGAAUGAUGAUAUUCAGGGAGUCCAAGUAUUAUAUGGGUCUAACCCGAAUUAUACCGGGCCGAGUACAACUUUGACUCCGAACCGGGAGAAUGAUACAAAUGGAGCCCCGAAAUUCGGUUCAUUGUGGGUUCAUGGGUUUCUAUUGGUGGUUGGAUUAUUCUUAGCAUUUGUUCAUUGAAUUUUUUUAAAAAAAAAUAGAAUACUAGUAUUUCGUUGGUUGUAUGAUUUGAUUAUUUUAGUAUAUAUCAUACUUUGUCUUUUUAUUUCA